AUGACUGCCAGCCAGACCCAUCCUAGCAAGAAGGCUGCUCGCCUUCCAAAUAUGCCGGAUCAUGCUCUGAUUGGAGACGCCGCAAAGCUGCCCAUCAAUGCCACUACGCCUGUCAUCUCCAUGAGUCCCAUCGUCGUUCCCGCCCCGGACCGUAUCAUGGAUUUGCACAUUCGUGUCUCUGCACCCACCGCAGGAGACAACCUGCCUAUCAUUCUCUUCUCACACGGCCAAGGACCAUCGAACAAUCUUUCCUCCCUGAACGGAUACGCCCCGGUCGUCAACUUCUGGGCCUCGCAUGGCUUCGCGGUUAUCCAACCCACUCACCUGGGCUCUCGAUCCCUCAGCCUCAGCCCCGAAGACUAUGCAGACGCACCGUGGUUCUUGGAAUCCCGCGUGUCAGACUUUAGUCUCAUUCUCGACGAGCUUGACCAGAUCGAGACCCUCUUCCCACAAAUUCAAGGCCGUCUUGAUCGCAGCCGCGUCGCUAUCGUCGGCCACUCGGGUGGCGGCCACACCGCGAGUCGACUCCUCGGUGCUCGAGGAACAAAUCCCUCCCUUGACUCCUUCAAGGAUGCGCGAGAGUCCCGCAUCAAGGCUGGUGUGCUCCUCGCAAGCCCUGGAGAUGGCAGGAGUGGCGACGGAAUGGGCCCUGCUGCCAUGAACACUGAACUCAUCUACCACAGCCACGCGGACAUGGCAGCUCCUGCGUUGGUGGUGAUUGGAGACAGUGACGGAUUCCCGUUUUUGACCACUCGCGGUGCCGAGUAUCAUGCCGACGCGUAUCAUUUCAGCCCCGGCCCAAAGUCGCUUCUGACGGUGAAAGAUGGGAAGCACGGUCUCGGGGGAGUGUCGGGCUACGAUGUUGCGGAAGCCACGGAUGAUGAAAGUCCAGAGAGACUGGCCAUGGUCCAGCGAAUGACCUGGGCUUGGUUGCGCAGUGCGCUUUAUCCGGAGGACAAAGCUUGGUCUGAGGCCUGUACAGCUUUGAAAGUGCUUCCCAGUCUGGCAACCGUUGAAGACAAGGCAUGA